GUUGUCUGGUCUGGGUUGCGGAUCUGACAGCAACUUCCGAGGAUAUCACGUCCUCCACCAAUAUAAGCAAAGUCCUCGAGGCCAAAAGGUAAAGGGUUUUAUUUAAGCUAAGAUUGCCGCUGUUAUUAACCUGUUUUGUUCUAGUUAUAAGAUAUUUAAAUGCUUAGGUCUACGUUGUUCCCCCCCAUGCUCUUCCACUCCCCUCUUCUCAAAAAAGCCAGAAACCUCAUACCUGUGCCUGGCUUCCCCAACGCACUGCCACGCACACCAAGUGUUUGUAAAUUUUCCUCUUCAGCCGAUAUCCCGACACCGCCGCCGCCCACCUCCGCCUACGUCCACCUCCCGUUCUGCCGCAAGCGCUGCCACUACUGCGAUUUCCCCAUCAUCGCCCUCGGCUCCUCCUCCUCCUCCUCCUCUCCUUCGUCAUCCCAUCACCGUGACGACGACCCCAGGAUCGCCAAUUACAUCCACCUCCUCCUCCGGGAAAUCGAAGCCACCAGACCAGCAUGCGACAGCCAGCCACCUCUCGAGACCGUCUUCUUCGGCGGAGGCACGCCGUCCCUCGUGCCGCCGACCCUCGUCGCCUCGGUCCUCGAUGCACUCCGAUCGAAAUUCGGCACGUGCACCGACCCGGAGAUCUCCAUCGAAAUGGAUCCGGGGAGCUUCGACAGGGGGAGGAUGGAGGAACUGCUCGAGCUGGGGGUGAACAGGGUGUCGCUCGGGGUCCAGGCAUUCCAGGAGGAGCUGCUGAGGGCCUGUGGGAGGGCGCAUGGCUUGAAGGAGGUCUAUGAAGCUAUAGAGAUUGUCACUGGGUGCGAUGGGCUGGAGAAUUGGAGCAUGGACCUCAUCUCCUCCUUGCCUCACCAGACACCGGAGAUGUGGGAGGAGAGCUUGAGCCAAGCGGUGGAUGCUCGGCCCACCCACGUCUCUGUCUACGACCUGCAGCUCGAGCAAGGCACCAACUUUGGACGACUGUACACUCCUGGGGAGUUCCCUCUGCCCACAGAAGCACAGUCGGCCAACUUCUACCAAAUGGCUUCGGAGACGCUUGCCAAGGAAGGUUACAGCCAUUAUGAGAUCAGUAGCUACUGCAAGAAUGGCUAUGAGUGCAAGCACAAUCUUACAUACUGGCAAAGUAGAUCUUUCUACGGAUUUGGUCUGGGAUCCGCGAGCUACAUCAAUGGAGUUAGGUUUUCAAGGCCAAGAAGAUUGAAGGAGUAUGUAGACUGGGUGCAGAAACUGCAAGAUGGAAUGGUAGAUCGUGAUGCUACUCGUGUUGGAAGCAAGGACAUGGCCAUGGAUGUUGUGAUGCUUUCUCUGAGAACAGCAAGAGGUCUAGAUAUGAGCAGUUUUGGAAGAUCCUUUGGGAAUUGUUUGGCACUCUCCUUAUGCAGAACCUUCAGACCAUUUGUUGAGAGUGGACAUGUGGUUGCAAUGGAUGGUGAUAGAAAAUCAUUGAGUUAUCAUGAUUUUGAGCAGCAGUUGAAUGAUGAUUAUGAGAUAGGGAACAAAGUUGCAUUCAUUAGGCUGAGUGAUCCGGAUGGCUUCCUCCUAUCAAAUGAGUUGAUUUCUAUUGCAUUUGGGGUUAUAUCUCCAUGAAGUCACAGCAAAUUUUUGUUUAACCAUCAUUUUUAUUUAUGAAGUUCCUCAAUAAUUCUCAAGUAUACUGCUUUUGAGACCGAUGAGAUUGAGCCUUUCC